GAAUCCUUAUGAAGAAAAAUACAGAUUAAUUCGGAUUGGAAAUCCAGCGUUCUCCACGAGGCUGUUGCCUGUGAGAGGAGCAGUUGAAUGUUUAUUUGAGAUGGGGUUUCAGGAGGGAGAAACUCACCUGGUUUUCCCUAAGGAAGCUUCGAUUGAGCAGCUACGUAAAAUCAGAGACUUAAUUGCUGGAGAGAGGAGUAGCAGACUGAAUGAGUCAAAUCAAACCCACAGAUCAGGAUCCUCAGAAACUGUGGCCAGCAGUCAGAUGGUUGCACAUCAGCCUUCAAGACCUGACUCUGUUCUUGCCUCUGCCAGUCAGCAACCAGAAACAUCACUUGUGCAGUCUCUUGAAACGGCUGCAAACAUCUUGAAAACACUUCAAACAAAAUUUGAGCACCUCGUACUGAUGUAUGAGAAUCCUUCUAUUCAGCAGAAAGCACUAGCUUCAAUUCCCCUCCAACAACUGAAAGGGAAGGCCAAGAAAAAGCUAGCACAAGCUACAAGACUGGACAAAG